AAACUCUUGAAUCCUUGUUCCAGCCGAGUCUGUUGAUCGAUACUGCCACUCAGCAGCGCGACGACUUCAUGGCAAAUUUACGUACCGCCACUGGAGUCUCAGUGAAACUCGAUAGCUGUGUGGUGGAUGUCAACGCCCAAGCCGUCGCUGCGAGAGUCCUCAAGACUGAAACACUUCCCGAUGGUGAACGGUAUGAGUGUCAGGAGAUUAUCCUCACAUGGUUUGUCGAUGGUCGCUUGGCAACUAUUAAACGACUUAAAGAUGGCGACUCUUGCUCAGCAAAGCAAACUACAACUCCUUCGCCGCUGGAAGAACUAAAACCUAUUUCUCUUGACCUUGCAACACUGUACCGCGAAUACAUCAAGAGCAUCAACGACAAGACUAUGGAGGCAAAGUUUGACAAGUUCUGUCAGCCAGUAGUAACGCAUAAUACCGUGAAAAAGACCAUCGCAGAGUACAUAUCUCUGAUUUCAGAGAGUCAAAGUGCAAUUCAAGGGCUGUACUUUGACAUUCAAGAUCUCAUCGUCGAUAAGGACGCAGGGAGAGUUGCGGCCAGAUUGGAGUUUACCGGUGUUCCUGUCAAGACGUGGGCUGGUGCUGAACCAAAUGGGAAGAGUGUCAAGUUCCAUGAGCAUGUCAUGUAUUGGCUUGAUGCAGGCAAGAUCCACUGGGUUUGGUCUGUUGUUGAUUUGGAUACGUAUCGAAAGCAGCUUCAGCAGACAAAUUAGACACGCAUCAAGAACAAAAGUCUCU